GCCGACCGAGGACGUGGCUCGCCGCGGGCGCCGGGAGGCUGGCGCCGCUCUCGGGUCGCUGACCUCUGCGGACUCUCCUCUCCUCUCCUCUCGCGCCGCCACCGCGCCGCCGCCGCCGCGCCGCAGACCAGUGCCGACGCCACCAUGUUCGUCAGCACCGACGACUACGGCCGCUCCAAGAAGACGGACGCCCGUCGGUCCGACCAGCGCGGCGCCGUGCUGUCGUUGUCGACGGCUGUCUUCUGUGGCGCGUGCAUCAUCUUCCUGCUGUUCGUCUACGAUGGCCGCCGCAGCCCAGCCGAGGUGCGCCAGCGGGCCACCGCGCUCGACGAGGAGGGCAACGAGAUCUGUCACGUGCCCGCCAUCCGGCGCCCGGAGGAGUUCUUCGACGACAUCGAGACGGUGACGGCCGACUGCCGCAGCCAGAUCCAGAUUGGCAAAACGUCCAACGCCGAGGUGAUUAACGACGACUUUGGGACGGCGAUUCGGUGUAAUAAGUCGGAGGCGCACUUCCAAUGGAUCUGCCUCGACAAAAGGUUGAAGAUUCAGCCGGGCAGCUGUCUGUCCUACUCGAUCGGCGUCGACCCCGAGUUCACGUUUGAGGAGGACAUGGAGAGGCUGGGCUGCGAAGUGUACGCGUUCGACACACCUGAAAACGUGCAGGACCACCAGCGCUCCAGCAGGAUCUGGUUCCAGAACGUCCGCAUCGGCGUCAACUCUUACGACGCCUUCUUGGAGGGUCAGACGUACCGCAAGUCGCGCAACCUGCACCAGGUGGUCGAGAAUCUGGGUCACACACACCGCACCAUCGACGUGCUGAAGCUCGACGUGCGCGACCACGAGUGGGAGGCGCUCGAGGAGUUCCUGCGCUCGGAAGUCAUGGAUCAGGUGAAGCAGCUGGUGGUCACGCUCAAUUUCCAGCGGCCUGCCAACUCGCAGACGCCCCAGAACCUGAUGAAGGAGCUGGUGAAGUAUUACGAGCUGCUGCGUAUGCUGGACUGCGAUGGGUUCCGCAUCUUCUCGUCCAAGGGGCGCGGUGAGCCCAAGGUGCCGCACGGCAUGAAGCGCUCUUUCUACGAGGAGUAUGAGAUAUCGUACGUCAAUACAAACUUCUAUCACUGAUCAAAAUUUGACGGGGCUGAACUUUAAAGUCAUGGUUAAUAGACGGUCAAUUAAUCGUGCUUAGAUUGUUAAGUAGUUAGAUUUUCGACGCAUGUACAAAACGAAAACAUUUUGUAUAGGUAAAAAACUGCCCUCAACGGAGUUGUCCUGUUAUGCGAUUACCUUUACCGAUGGUAAAAUCCUAUAUGCGUGCAUAUGGUCUGUGCAGGCGUCUGUGUAUCUGGCCUUUUCUGUAUAGGCCCGUGUGUGAAGCAAAUCUAAGGCCACUGCCAAAAAAGUGGUGUGUGGUUGUAAUUUCGAGAAACGGGCAUCGUUACCAACUGGGCACUUAUUGAUGGAUGAUCGCACGGAUGUGGAUAGCGUCCAUGUCGGGCGAAAUACUGUUCGUUGUUAUGGGUAUUUGCACCUUGAAAUAUAUCAAAUGUCGCUGUCA